AUGCCCAAAGUCGCGAAGCAGCGGGGCAAUAGCCCCAAGACAGCCAAAGUGGAAGGAAAGCGCCAGCGGAACGUCGAGGCCGUGCCGCGGAACGACUAUGAGAGAUUCCUGUAUCGACUCAAGAAAUUCAUGAUCGAUAUGCUGCCGGAAGUCCCCGAGCGGGAGAAUAUCCUGCUCCCUCAGCUGGAUGCGGCAACCGACAGCUUCCUCAUUGUCGCCCUCAAAAGGAAGGCUCCAGAAAUAGGUCUCAAGGCGGACGAUGUGCGAAGCCUGCUCAAAAAGAUGCUUAUAGCGGCUGCCCUGGUGCUGGAGAGGAACGAGCGCAUUGCGCAGAGGCCCCAGCCCCGCCCGAAGUGGCACGCUUUCAAGAGGACCACGGCCCAAAAGUCAUCCCAGACGGACGCCAACAAACUCAGCAAGCUGUUCGAGUACCUGCAUGAAGGCGAUGUUGAUGGGGUCUCUUUCGGAAGAUGGUUCCCCCCGUUGAAUGCAACAAUAGGGCCGGAUGGCCGUCUCCGCCUGGGCACGGAGGCUGAUAAAUGGUAUAAGCGACUCGGAACUUCAGAGCAGCGCCAACGACUUUACGACAUGCUCGACUCGAUCGAAGUGCCGCAAGUCGAGGAGAAAAGGUCGGAGUUGGACGCGGCCGAAGGAUUGCUCCUCUUGGGAGAUAAUGCCGCUGUUCACAAGCCGGAACGUAUGGCCGAUGCCAGCGCGAAUGGCCCGUACCAUGUGAGCCCUCCGAACACGCCAAAAAAGGCCUCCGGAUGGAUUGCCAACAACGCAAGUACGACCGAUGCGAGACAGAGUCGUUAUGCUGACCUGGCCAAGUCAUCUUCCAACGGGUCGCGGAGCAACGCCCGCCGUGGUCUUCCGGCGAUCGGGAGCGCUCCGAACACUGGAAAAAGAAAAAUCUCCAUUCCUGACCUCCUCAACCCGGAGUCGAGCGAUAGCAGCCGUACUAUGAAGGCGACUGGCAGCACCGCCAGCAACACUCCCAGUAGCACUCCCGGCACAUCUCCCGGCAGCACUCCUGACGCCGAUCGCAGGCGCCAGCUUCAGGAUGACUUCGAAAGAAGCGCUGCUGAAGUGCGACAACUGCUAGACGACCGACUUCUCGCACUCGUUGGAGAAGUUCAUCGAGACGCAACGGGCGGAAGGCAUCCCGUCAACGAGCGGUCGACCGACAACAGCCAUGAGUCUGCCGCAACUGGUCGCACUUCCGGCGAAAACUGGAGACAACUGUCAGGUGAUGUCAUCUACCCCGGACUGGGUGGCAUGAGAUUCGAACGCGGCGUGUGA